UCUCUUUCUCCACUCGUAUUUCUUUCCAAACAGGGAAAAGUGUUCCACAAAGCGGUAGCGCCUUCAGCCUCGCCUUUUCCUCGUGGACCCGGACCCUGCUCCCGUCUGGGUGUGAGCCGGUGGGCUAGGCACUAGGAGCCCUCCGUGGCGCGGGGACCCCUGCACGGGGCGCGGGGGGCGCCCAGCGCGGAGCUGGCUCCCGCGCCCGCACAUGGCUGCGGUCCCCAGCGCGCACCCCGAGGCACCGCGCCCAGCUCGCCAAAGGUCCGCCGGCGGCGCCGAACCGCCCCGCAGCCAGGCAGCGCGGAGCGGGGAAGUGCCCCGCGGCCGGGGACCAGCAUGCCCUUCCUCCUCCUCUGGCUAGUUUCCUACUAUGUUGGAACCUUGGGAACUCACACUGAGAUCAAGAGAGUAGCAGAGGAAAAGGUCACCUUGCCCUGUCACCAUCAACUGGGACUUCAGGAAAAAGACACCCUGGAUAUCGAAUGGCUGCUCACAGAUAAUGAAGGGAAACAAAAAGUGGUGAUUACCUAUUCCAGUCGUCAUGUCUACAAUAACCUAACUGAGGAACAGAAUGGCCGAGUAGCCUUUGCUUCUAAUUUCCUGGCAGGAGAUGCUUCAUUGCAGAUUGAGCCUCUGAAGCCCAGUGAUGAGGGCCAGUACACCUGUAAGGUGAAGAAUUCAGGACGCUACGUGUGGAACUAUGUCAUCUUAAAAGUCCUAGUGAGACCAUCCAAGCCCAAGUGUGAACUGGAAGGAGAGCUGACAGAGGGAAGUGACCUGACUCUGCAGUGUGAGUCAUCCUCUGGCACAAAGCCCAUUGUGUAUUACUGGCAGAGAGUCCGGGAGAAAGAAGGAGAGGAUGAACAUUUGCCUCCUAAAUCUAGGAUUGACUACAACAACCCAGGGCGAGUUCUCCUACAGAACCUCACUAUGGCCUCCUCUGGGCUCUACAGGUGCACAGCGGGCAAUGAGGCUGGGAAGGAAAGCUGCGUGGUGAGAGUAACCGUACAGUAUGUACAAAGCAUCGGCAUGGUUGCAGGAGCAGUGACAGGCAUAGUUGCUGGAGCCCUGCUGAUUUUUCUCUUGGUGUGGCUGCUAAUCCGAAGGAAAGACAAAGAGAGAUAUGAGGAAGAGAGACCUAACGAAAUUCGAGAAGAUGCUGAAGCUCCAAAAGCCCGCCUUGUGAAACCUGGCUCUUCUUCCUCAGGCUCUCAGAGCUCUCACUCUGGUUCUUCCUCCACUCGCUCCACAGCAAAUAGUGCCUCACGCAGCCAGCGGACACUGUCAACCGACGCAGCACCUCAGCCAGGCAUAGCCACCCAGCCAUACAGCCUACUUGGGUCUGACAUGAGAGGAUCUGAACCAAAGAGAGUCCACCAUGCUACCCUGACCAAAGCAGAAACCACAUCCAGCAUGAUCCCCAGCCAGAGUGGAGCCUUCCAAACUGUCUGAAUUAAAGUGGACUUGACCUCCAUGCUUUCCUAGGAGUCAGGAUUUUAGGACUAUUCUAGUCACUGAAACUCGUCACCAGCCACACAACCCCUUCAACCGUAGAAGAGGUUAUUUAAAUAGCUGUGAACAACAAGUGGAACAGAUUCAGAUGGGCACUUUUCUUGGUAUGACACCAGAGAAGCAAAAAGAUGUAGGGUGAUCAUCUCCAGUAAGGCAUCUCAUAUGGCUUUUAGACCAGAGGAAGAAACAGCAGGGAUCCAAAUUUGUCUGUUUGCUGACCAGAACCGUGGUGAGGGUGCUGGGGAAAGGUGAGGCACCUCAGACGUUUUGCAUCUAUGUAUUAAGUUACCAUUGUCAAGAAGAAAUGGGGUGUUUGUGAAUUUUGUAUUCAUUUCUGUGAACCUACUGGAUUACUGUGGUAAUUCAGACAGUCAAACAGAACCCAUGGCCUUAUAUGAUACCUAUCUGCACCAGGUAUUGGGCUAAUUGUUUCCAAGAA